AUGCCAGGCAGCGGCGAUGAAGUGGCCGGGUCCGGUCCUCCAGCGACCCAUGACACCACGAGGACCUCGAAUACCAACAACGAAACAGACGGGCAGCUGUCAGACGACACUUCCAACGAUGGAUACUGGGGGGACACAUACGCCGACGGGCCCGUCAGCCAGCGUGCUGCGCGGGCCGACUUCCGGGAACUGCAGCACGAGCUGAGCCGGCGAAGCACCAAUGCCUCGGCCGCCCACAAGAAGUCCGGGCCGGGACACGGACUCAUGGGCAGGAUCUUCUCUGCCAGGAGCGGCGGCGGCGGCAAGGAGAAGCAGUCCUCGCCGGCGGCCGACGAGGCGGACAGCGAGCGCACGGCACACGCCGACGGCUUCGAGCUCGAGCAGUUCAUCCGCGACGGCCACCUGGAGAAGCGCAACCCCGACAACGGCGAGUCGACCAAGAAGGUAGGCGUCUUGUUCAAGAACCUGACGGUCAAGGGCGUGGGCGCGACGGCGACCAGCGUGCGGACGCUGCCGCAGGCCAUUGCCGGCACGUUCGGCCCGGACCUGUACAAGCUGCUGUGCCGCUGGAUCCCGGCGCUCGACGUGCGGCGGCCCGGAACGCCGCGCGACCUGAUCCGCGACUUCACCGGCGUCGUGCGGCCGGGCGAGAUGAUGCUGGUGCUGGGCCGGCCGGGCGCCGGCUGCAGCACGUUCCUCCGCGUCAUCGCCAACAACCGCGGCUCGUACCAGGCCGUCGAGGGCGACGUCGUGUACGGCGGCAUCCCGUCGUCCAGGAUGGACCGGCGGUUCCGCGGCGAGGCCGUCUACAACGCCGAGGACGACCAGCACAUGCCCAGCCUGACGGUCGGGCAGACGCUCACCUUUUCGCUCCUCACCAAGACGAGGAAGCACGAGCGCGGCAGCAUCGACGUCAUCGUCGACGCCUUCCUGCGCAUGUUCGCCAUGGCGCACACCAAGGACACGCUCGUCGGCGACGCCUUCACGCGCGGCGUCUCGGGCGGCGAGCGCAAGCGCGUCAGCAUCGCCGAGACGCUGGCCACCAAGAGCACCGUCACCUGCUGGGACAACUCGACGCGCGGGCUCGACGCCUCGACCGCCUUCAACUACGCCAAGUCGCUGCGCAUCAUGACGGACGUCUCGGGCCGCACCACCCUGACCACGCUGUACCAGGCGGGCGAGGGCAUCUACGACCUCAUGGACAAGGUGCUCGUCGUGGACGAGGGCCGCAUGCUCUACCAGGGUCCCGCCCGCGAGGCCAAGCAGUACUUUGUCGACCUGGGCUUCCACUGCCCGCCGCGCCAGACCACGGCCGACUUCCUCACGUCCGUGUGCGACGUCAACGCGCGCCAGUUCCGGCCGGGCUUCGAGGCCCGCUGCCCCAAGACGGCCGAGGAGCUGGAGCGGGCGUUCCGCGAGAGUCCCGCGUACCGCGUGGUCCUCGACGACGUGGGCGGCUUCGAGAAGCACAUGCGCGACACGGGGCACGCCGACGCGCAGACGUUUGUCGACUCGGUGCGCGACGCCAAGUCCCGGACGGUCCUGAAGCAGUCCGUCUACACGGUCAGCCUGUGGAAGCAGGUGCUGGCGUGCACGCGGCGCGAGUUCUGGCUCGUCUGGGGCGACAAGACGUCGCUGUACACCAAGUUCUUCGUCAUUGUCAGCAACGGCCUCAUUGUCGGGUCGCUCUUCUACAACACGCCGUCGGACACGGGCGGCGCCUUUCUGCGCGGCGGCGUCGCCUUCUUCUCCAUCCUGUUCCUGGGCUGGCUGCAGCUCUCGGAGCUGAUGAAGGCCGUGUCGGGGCGCGCCGUCAUCGCCCGCCACGGCGAGUACGCCUUUUACCGGCCGAGCGCCGUGAGCCUGGCCCGCGUGCUGGCCGACCUGCCCAUGCUCGCCGUCGAGGUGGUCGUCUUCAGCGUCAUCAUGUACUUCAUGACGGGGCUGGAUGUCGAGGCGGGCAAGUUCUUCAUCUACAUGCUCCUCGUGUACGUCACCACCAUUUGCCUGACGGCGCUGUACCGCAUGUUUGCGGCCGUGUCGCCGACCAUGGACGACGCCGUGCGCUUCUCGGGCAUCGCGCUCAACCUGCUCAUCGUCUAUACCGGAUACACGCUCGCCAAGCCCGUGCUGCUCGGGCAAAAGAUUUGGUUUGGCUGGCUGUACUACGUCAAUCCCAUCAGCUACGCCUUCGAGGCCGUCCUCACCAACGAAUUCGCCGGCCGGACCAUGGAGUGCGCGCCGGGGCAGCUCGUUCCCCAGGGCCCUGGUAUUCGGCCCGAGAACCAGGGCUGCGCCAUUGCCGGAUCACAUCCGGGGAACCCCCGGGUCGCGGGAUCCGACUACCUGGCCUCGCAGUUUGAGUACAGCCGCUCGCACCUGUGGCGCAACUUUGGCAUCGUCAUCGCCUUCACCGUCGGGUACAUUGCGCUGACGGUGCUGGCCACGGAGAAGAUGUCCUUUGGCGGCUCGGGCCUCGGCGCCCUCGUCUUCAAGUCGUCCAAGACGCCGCGGCGGGCGGCCCGGGCGGACAACAAGACGGACGAGGAGCAGCACGCGCAGCCGGGCGACGUGACGGCGGCGGCGGUGGCGCGCCAGAGAACCCCCGACGAGGUCCUCGAGGCCUUCAACCGCAGCGAGCAGGUGUUUACCUGGGAAAACAUCAGCUACACGGUGCCCGCGGCGCAGGGCCCCAAGAAGCUGCUCAACGACAUCAACGGCUACGCCAAGCCCGGCGUCCUGGUCGCCCUCAUGGGGGCCAGCGGCGCCGGCAAGACGACGCUGCUCAACACGCUGUCGCAGCGGCAGACGGUGGGCGUCGUCGAGGGCAGCAUGCUCGUCGACGGCUCGGCCCUCACGUCCGACUUCCAGCGGCGCACCGGCUUCGUCGAGCAGAUGGACCUGCACGAGGCGUCGGCGACGGUGCGCGAGGCCCUCGAGUUCUCGGCGCUCCUCCGGCAGGGCCGCGACGUCCCGCGCCACGAGAAGCUCGCCUACGUCGACACCGUGAUCGACCUGCUCGAGCUGCAGGAGCUGCAGGACGCCGUCGUCGCGUCGCUGGGCGUCGAGCCCAAGAAGCGGCUGACGAUUGGCGUCGAGCUCGCGGCCAAGCCGUCGCUGCUGCUCUUCCUCGACGAGCCCACGAGCGGCCUCGACUCGCAGGCGGCCUAUUCCAUCGUGCGCUUCCUCCGCAAGCUCUGCGCGUCCGGGCAGGCCGUCGUGUGCACCAUCCACCAGCCGUCGUCGGAGCUCAUCGAGCAGUUUGACAAGAUCCUCGCGCUCAACCCCGGCGGCAACGUCUUCUACUUUGGCCCCGUCGGCCGCAACGGCCACGCCGUCGUCGACUACUUCGCCGCCCGGGGCGCCCACUGCCCCGAGGGCAAGAACGUGGCCGAGUUCCUCGUCGAGACGGGCGCUCGCGCUGACGCUCGCGAGCACUGGAACGAGCAGUGGCGCGUCUCGGACGAGAACAAGGCCCUCGUCGACGAGAUCCAGCAGAUCAAGCGGCAGCGCGGCCAGGCGGCCUCGUCUCACCCGGUGCUCUCGCACGAGUUCGCCGCCCCCGUGUGGGAGCAGACCCGGCUCCUGGCCAAGCGCAUGUUCGUCAACCAGUGGCGCCAGCCGUCGUACAUUUACGGCAAGCUCUUCACCGCCGUCAUUGUCGGCAUCUUCAACGGCUUCACCUUUUGGCAGCUGGGCGACACCGUCAACGACAUGCAGAGUCGCAUGUUCACCUCGUUCCUCAUCCUGCUCAUCCCGCCCACCGUGCUCAACGCCAUCCUGCCCAAGUUCUACAUGGACCGCGCGCUCUGGGAGGCCCGCGAGUACCCGAGCCGCAUCUACGGCUGGGUCGCCUUCUGCUCCGCCUCGGUGCUGUCCGAGAUCCCGGGCUCCCUCGUCGCCGGCGUCGUCUACUGGGCGCUGUGGUACUGGCCCACGGGCCUGCCCACCGACUCCCUGACCUCGGGCUACGUCUUCCUCAUGACGGUGCUCUUCUUCUUGUUCCAGUCCAGCUGGGGUCAGUGGAUCUGCGCCUGGGCGCCCAGCUUCACCGUCAUCAGCAACGUCCUGCCCUUCUUCCUCGUCAUGUUUUCCCUCUUCAACGGCGUGGUUGUCCCGUACGACCAGCUCAACGUCUUUUGGAGAUACUGGCUGUACUACUUGAAUCCCAGCACGUACUGGAUCAGCGGCGUUCUCGCCACCACCCUGGCCAACCAGCCCGUCCAGUGUGCCGCCAACGAGGCUGCCUACUUUGACCCCCCGGCCGGCCGGACCUGUGCGGACUUUGCGGCCGAUUUCGUCGCGCGCGCCGGCAGAGGCUACCUCGUCAACCCGAAUGACACGGACAACUGCAGCUACUGCCCGUAUGCGAGCGGCGCCGAGUACCUGGCCUCGCUGAACAUUGAGCCGAGUCAGAAGUGGAGAGAUCUCGGCAUCUUUAUUGCCUUUUGUGUUUCCAACUGGAUGUGA